AUGAUUCCCGUCUUUGUAUUUCCCAAUCAUUUGGCGUUUAAUUGUCGCACAAAAACCAAAUCCAUUUCUGUUUACAAUCCGUACGACUUUCACAUCAAAUUCACGAGUAUUUUAACCAUUCGUUCGACUCUUCACGAGAUAAUCAGUUCUUUUGUCGCAGUUUUGGCCACAAAUCCGUCCGCUUUCGCGCUCUCGUCCUCCGAAGGCGUCAUCCGUUCGCGUCAUUGUCUCGAUGUAGCCGUGCGUUUGACUCAAGACUCGGUUCGCAGCGAAAAGUUCUUGAUUUCCAUUCGCGAGACUUCGGGCGCUCUUCGCAGCGGACAACGCGUGCUGUCCGUCGCCAACCGCGCGACAGACGACCCGACGCAAGACGACGAGGACGACGGCGCGCACGACGACCACUUCGCGCCCCUCCCGUCGUCGCCCUCCGCUCUGCAGUCCGCGUGCCGUCAGUUCAAUGGCGCGCAACAGCACCACAACCCGUGGUUCUUAUACGCCGUGGCCGUCGUCUGCGUCGCGCUCCUCCUCCUCCCGCAGCAGACGCACGACAGCGGCGGCGACGCGACGCCUCUUCUGUCGGUCGCCGUCGCCCACAAACUAGUCAUGGCGCCACUGUUUCUAUGCGUGAGGGAGGGGCGCGCCGUUCGGCCCCCCCUUUGUUGCUGUGCGCUGUCAUUGUCAGGGCGUGACUCCUCUCAGUCCACAGCAAUGUCCACAACAACCACAGCGUUGGCGCUCUUCGCGGCCGUCGCGUGCGCUUCGGGUGAGUGUUUGCGCGCGUGUUUGGGCGCCCCCUCUCAACCCCUCUCUCCGCAGUUCUCGGGCAGGACUUUGGCGAAAGGCCGGCGACCAAUGAGCCGCAGUUCGUCUCUCAAGGCGGCAAUCGUGUCGUCAGAGAAGGCGAAGACAUCGGCAAACCUCCCGUGCGAAGUGCACGACCUGGGCGAAUUCGUGAUUCUCUGGAAGUUCAACAGAAGUCAAGUGUUGUUCGCCGGAAACCUUCGCAUUCAUAGAGACGACAGGAUUUCGCGCGACGACCAGAAGGGCUCUCUCGUGAUCCGCAACUUCCGGCCGGAAAACGCCGGCGAAUACAGCUGUCAGAUCUCUACGAAUCCGCCGAAAGAUAUCGUUUAUAACGUCGCUGUCAUCGGUCCGCCGCAAAUCCGCGCCUCA